AAACAGUGUUGUAAUCAUAAACGAUGUACACGGCGCUGCUGGUACUCCACUGUGCGACACUAGCUCACGCGCUGAACUACGCCAACCUGCUGGAGGACUUCCCCCUGGUGACUACCAACAGCACCCCCGACGCCGAGCUCAUGGAGGAGCUGGCCACCUUCGUCAGCGACGCGGGGGUGCGGCGCGGGGCGGCGGGGGCGGCGGCGGCGGGGGGGAUGCGCAGAUACCACACCUAUAUACUCAAGGAUGAGCACGUGUACAAGGAUAAGGUUAUGGAUCUCAUGAAGCAGGUGCUGUACGCGGCGCAGGAGCACAUGGGCGAGCUGGCGCCGGUGCUGGACAAGUACCGCGGCGACCCCGGCUUCCGGAUGAAGUUCAUCUUCAACAGACUGCAGCAGUACACGGUGGACAUGCGGCGCAUCUACACGCUGGCCGUGCGCACCGGCAUGCUCGCCAACGUCGGCGACCACAUGCGCCUGUACCAGCACCUGGCGCGCAAGCACGUCGACGUCAUCUACGUCGUCGACCACGUCAUCGCCGCACACGACGACUACAUGGGCGCGCUGCUGGCUCUGCAGGGCGCGGGGCAGGACCGCCCGGCGAACAGGUUCCAGGCGACUCAACCGGCUCCAGAUAUGCACGCGCAGGAGAAGGACAUGGACAAGAUGCCGCCGCCUGUACAGGGUGGUGCCGGGCCUCCGGGUGGGGACGUGCCCUCCAUGGACCAGUAAAUAUGUCACUCCCACGCUCCCACUAAAAGGCAAUUAAAAAAGAUCUAACGACACGCUUUUCGCUGUCA